AUGACGCAUGCUUACGAUGAAUCACAUCAAGCAUUUAUUAAACAUAUCACGCGUGAAGCACUGGAAUAUGGAAAGCUAAUAUCCAUUAGUCUUGUUGAAGAAAUGAACAAAGAAUCUAUUUUGAGCGAUGCUUAUUUUAACCAUGUUUUUGAUCUAAAUGAUAAAAAUUUAACGUAUAUAACAUUUGAUUUUCAUGAAUACUGUAAAGGAUUACGUUUUGACAAUGUUAUUACAUUAUUAGAUUUAUUAGAAGAAAAAAAUAUUCUUAGAGAAAUGAAAUUCUGUUGGAUAACUAAAAAUGAGAUGGUGAGUGAACAAAGUAGUAUAUUUCGUAUCAAUUGUGUUGACUGUCUCGAUCGAACAAACGUUGUACAAGCAGCUAUAUCCAAAACAAUUAUUGAAAUCAUGUUACGUAAAAUUGCUUUGUGCGAUGUUGAAAUUGAUCGAGGUCUUGAAGAACAUACACGAACAUUAUUUCAAACAUUAUGGGCGGAUAAUGGUGAUGCAAUUAGUCGACAAUAUGCCGGAACUGAUGCCAUGAAAGGCGAUUUCACUCGUACAGGUCGUCGUGAUUUCAAAGGCGUAUUUCAAGAUGGCAAAAUAUCAGCGAACAGAUAUUAUCGUCGUUUCAAAAAAGAUACCGUGCGUCAAAAAUGUUACGAUGCCAUGCAAAAUGUCCAAGCACCAAAACCACUAAUGAUAUCACCAAAUUCCAAUAGACAAUUAGAUCUAGUUGAAACUGAAUUAUCAUCCUCAAAUACACUGAUUGAUAAUAUGAUUGAUGAAGAAAAAACUAUCAAUGAGGAAACACAAUUAGCAAAGAAUGUUAGUGAAGAAACGUUUCGUCAGCUGAUGCUUGAUUGUCGAAAAAUGUUUGUACCAGAAACGGAAGAUUGUUUUGGUACAUGGUUAUUAAUCGAUGACAGUGAUAAUGGUGGAUCCAUCGAACAAACUGAACCAGAUUCUGUACUUGUUCUAACAUCAUUACGUUAUUUUAUUGUAUGUUAUGAUGAAACAUUCCAAAAAGUUGUAACUUUCAAAGAAACACCAUUAGAAAGUAUUGAAAGAGUAGAAGUUGAUAAUCAUUCGGGUGGUUAUUAUCACGCAUUUCGUGGUACAUACGUACAAGUAUUUAAUACAUCUGUUUUAAUUGUAAAUAAUACUGACGAAAUUAAUGAUUAUAUCAAAACGAUUGCUCAAAUGAUAACAUCAAUAACAAACUUUUUUGCUAAAAAAACACUCAAUGUACUCAAUAAAACAUUAGACAAAGUCGAUAGUUUACCAAACGAGAUUGAACAAUUUCAGAAGAGAAUGAGUUUUUCAGCAACAGAAAUUUCACCCACUGUUAACAAAGUACCGGUUACAAUGGACAAGAUCAAAAAUAUUGGAAUGAAAUUAACAAAUUUUGCUAAACGAACACCAGCUGCUUUUAGCAAAUUAACGACAGGAGCGAAACAAAUGUCAAACGAAACGAUAUCAACAUUAUCACAAGCAAUUGUUGAAACAGCACUUGUCCUUCCUGUUCGAGGAAAAUCUCCGUCACCAUCCGUACUUCGUCGAUCUCGUACACCAACUCCCGUCGCCGAACAUCUAGCAAGACCCAGUAAGGAUGAUCGCAGUCCCGUUGUUGUUUUUCGUCAUGUAUCAAGUGAAUCUCAGCUACAAAUAUUGAAACCAGAAGUUGAAAACGUACUCAUAGCACCGACACCUGUUACUGACGCAUUGUCACAAACAGCCAAACAAAGACUAAUUGAUAAAAUGAACGAACGUUAUAAACGAUUGAAAACUACGAAUAAUGAAACAAAAUGUAUUUUUCUACUAAGUCCAGACAUUCGACUAAAUAACGAAAAUUAA